AGCAAUAGGCCGCCAUUGAUUACGCCACAGUUCUCUCUCUCGCCACCACGCUCCCUCCCACACGCUCCCGAAUUCUCUGCCCACACCACCCGCGAGCGCACACACGCGCGCGACCCUGAGUCUUCUCCGUUUCCGGGGUUGCGCGCGCUGCGUCUGCCUUCCCUGCGCUGCGUUCCUCUCGACGACAACAACGUGUGCUGGCCGGCCAGCGAACGCCUCCCGCGCGCCCGACCAGCACCGGGUUGCAGCUUCGUGGCUGCGACCUCGCCGCCUCCGCCCGCCGUCGUCAACCGGUGGCGCCGGCGGGCUGGCUCCCCGGCACCGUCCCGGACAUGGCCGGAGCGCCACCCCUCCCCGCGCGCCUGCUGUCGAUCGCCGUCUGCCUCCUCCUGCUCCCGCCCGCCGCCCACCCCGCGCGCCAGCUAGCUGACACCGACGCCGCCGCCGACGCGCUCCUCAAGCUGAAGGACGGCAUCAAGGACGACGCCGGCGUGCUGCGCAACUGGUCGCCGGGCACACGCCCCUGCGCCGGCGCCGGCUCCAGCUGGGCGGGCGUCAUAUGCCACAAGGGCGAAGUGACGGGCCUGCAGCUGGAGAACAUGGCUUUGUCCGGCACGAUCGACCUGCGCCCGCUCAAGGGCCUCCGCGGCCUCCGCUCGGUUAGUUUCAUGGACAAUCAGUUCACCGGCCCCAUGCCCGACGUGAACGAGCUCCCCGGGCUUCGCGCCAUCUUCCUCUCCGGGAACAAGUUCUCCGGCGAGAUCCCUGCCGACGCGUUCGACGGGAUGAGCUCGCUCAAGAAGGUGGCCCUGUCCAAGAACAAUUUCUCCGGCCCAAUCCCGGCCUCGCUCGCCGGCGUGCCCAAGCUCAUGGACCUGCUGCUCGAUGAUAACAAGUUCCAGGGCAAAAUCCCUGACCUCCCGCAGAAGGAAUUAAAGGUCGUCAAUGUCGCUAACAAUGAGCUGGAGGGGGAGAUUCCGGCGAGCCUCAAAUCCAUGGGCGCCGCCAUGUUUGCCGGCAAUAAGAAGCUCUGCGGUGGAUUACUUGACCAGAAAUGCGCGGCCCCGCCGACGUCACUGACUCCGGCACCCGCUAAAACGGAAACGCUUCCGUCGUCUCCGCCGCCAGCACCUGCUAAAACGGAAACGCCUCCGUCGUCUGACAAAGGCGGAGCCCAGCCGUCGGCACCGGCAGUCCCGGCGGCAGACAAAACGACGGGCCCGCCGGCAGACAAGGCCGCACAAGAUGCUGCUCCUAAGGAGCCCACCGAGGGCUCUAUGUCCUACGGCGUCCUGGUGGCAAUCCUCGGCGUGCUGGCUCUCAUGGGCUUCGCGCUCUUGGCGCUUCAGAGGCGGCGGCGAGAGUACGACACCGAGAACUUCGGCCCGUCGAUCUCGAAGAAGCCCUCGAUGAGGAAGAUCAACGCAGAGCCAACGAAGGGCGACUCGGGGCGCAUGGUCGCAACGGCAGGCGCCCCUACCGCCGCAACUGCUUCGGCAGCCGGAGGCGGCACGCGUAAGGCGGGGGAGCAGGGGCGGCUGACGUUCGUGCGCGAGGACCGGGGCAGGCUAUUCGAGCUGCAGGACCUGCUCAAGGCGACGGCGGAGGUGCUGGGCGGCAACGCCGGCUCCAACCUCGGCCUGUGCUACCGCGCGACCCUGACCGGCGGGCAGUCCAUCGUGGUGAAGCGGUUCAAGGAGAUGAACCGCGUGGGCAGGGAGGAGUUCGAGGAGCACAUGCGGCGGCUGGGGCGGCUCUCCCACCCCAACCUCCUCCCGCUCGUUGCCUACUACUACCGCAAGGAGGAGAAGCUCCUGAUGCACGACUACGUCCAGAACAAGAGCCUCGCCCACCUCCUCCACGGCGAGGGGCGCGGGGUGAAGAAGGCGGUGGUGCACUGGGCGGCGCGGCUCAAGAUCAUCAAGGGCGUGGCGAGCGCGCUGAGCUACAUGUACGACGAGCUGCCGAUGCUGACGGUGCCGCACGGCCACCUCAAGUCCUCCAACAUCCUGCUGGACGAGCGCUUCGAGCCGCUGAUGACCGACUACGCGCUGGUGCCGGUGAUGAACCAUUCCCACGCCGCGCAGCUCAUGGUGGCCUUCAAGUCGCCCGAGCGGAAGCAGUUCGGCAAGUCGUCCAAGAAGAGCGACGUCUGGUGCCUCGGGCUCCUCAUCCUCGAGAUCCUCACGGGGCGGCCGCCGUCGUACGACCUGAAGGCGUCGGCGGCGCCGGAGCAGGAGCAGCAGAACCUGAACGACCUCGCCGGCCUCGUGGCGUCGACGCCGGAGGAGAAGUGGCUGCGGACGGUGGUGGACCCGGACCUCAGGUUCGACGACGAGGCGGACAAGGAGGCGGCGGUGAAGCUGAUCAAGAUCGGCUUGGCGUGCUGCGACGGCAACGCGGAGAGCCGGUCGGAGCUCAAGGACGCGGUGAAGGGGAUCGAGGAGCUCAAGGCCAAAGGACGCGGCGACAGGGAGGACAACUCCUUCUACUCGUCGAUAAGCGACGGCACCGAGCGCGACGAGGACUUCACCAAUGUCGCCAUCCACUGAUCGGUCGUCCACUGAUCCAUGCAUGCUCACACAUCAACACACGUCCGUCUAACGACCCAACUAUGCACGCUCCGUACAUGGAGCCAACACUAAACAUGGACCUAGCACGUACUGAUCUGCACUCUACCUUAAUUCGAUGUUCAGUGGUAGCAGUAAUUUGGUAAUUAAAUCUUCUCUCAGUUCACCAUCUGUAGUUUUUCUUUAACACAGUUCUCCGUCUUUAGUUUUUUUUUAACACAGUUCUCCAUCUUUAGCUAAUUGAUUGAUUAACUGGUCUCAGUGUUC